AUGCCAUCACAAUGGGGCAUGGAGGACCGCAUUACCGCUAACGACUUGGGCAAUGGAAAUUUUCUUCUGUACUUUACCACAGAAGAUGAUCUCAACUCUGUUCUUCUACAUGGUCCUUUUCACUUCAAAUUUUGUAUGUUUGUGCUGGUUCGAUGGGAACCUAUUGUUCAUGAUGAUUAUCCAUGGAUAAUUCCUUUUUGGACUCGAUUGAUUGGUGUCCCUCUACACCUUUGGACUGGCAAUAAUCUGAAGGGGAUAGGAUCUCGGUUGGGUCACGUCCACCAUGACACAAUUGAGCUGAUGGAAGGCAGAAUGCUUAUAGAUAUAGAUACUCGUCGGCCGCUGAAGUUUGCGAGAAAGGCUGAAUCUCCAGAAGGAGACGAGGUCACAAUUGAAAUCAAGUAUGAAAUGCUAUUUAAGCAUUGCUCUACUUGUGGUAUGCUAACCCACAAGAAAGAGUAUUGUCCUUCCUCAAACAUUCAGGCCAUGAUACUUCCGCAGGUGAACCGCCAUGGCGUCUUUACACGGGUUCAGGUACCAGAAGUACGAUCACAGUAUCAGUCUGUAAAGAAGGAGCCUCAGAAAAAAGCUCAGAUUACUUCUUCAUCGCUUUCCUACAGUGAUCACAAGUCUCGGCACUUCAAUGAUUCGAGAUAUGGCCAUAGUGAAAGGAGGUAUGAUCCGGAGCUUGCUUCCUCACGUGACGAAAGCAGAGGUCAUGCUGAUAGGAUCAUUCGACGUCGGAGUGAUCUCUCUCGGAGCAGCCGAUAUGGUGGUUCGUGA